UGGAGCAGAACAGGGAGUACUGUGUCACACCGAUGAUGGCAGCCCACUUGAAGAAGCGAGUUUAUGAGGAGUUUUCUAAAGUUGUACAGCAACAUCCAGAAGAGGUCCCUGCUAAAAAGCUCCGGCUAACCAAGCCCAGCAAAUCCGCUGCUCUGCACUUGGAUCUGUGCAAGGCCACCAACCCCACAGAUGCUCUGCAGUAUCUACUACAGUUUGCCCGCAAGCCGGUGGAGGCUGAGAGUGUAGAGGGAGUGGUACGCAUUCUCCUGGAACACUACUAUAAGGAGACAGACACGUCUGUGCGUCUGAAGAUUGCCUCCCUCCUUGGUUUGCUGUCUAAGACCCAAGGCUUCUCCCCGGAUUGCAUAGUGGAUGAUGCCAUAAGCACCCUUAACAAUGAAAAAUCCCAUCAAGUCCUUGCUCAGCUUUUGGACACCCUGCUUGUCAUUGGCACUCAGCUUCCAGACAGCGUGGCCAUCACUCAGAGACUGAUCGAGGUGGCAUGCAAGCACCUUUCAGACACUUACUUUGGCGUGAGGAACAAGUGUCUGCACCUCCUGGGUUGCCUGGGCACCGUGGACAAGCCUCUGACUAAAGAAAGUGAUGCCACAGCCGCGGCACCGGGAGCACCCUCAAGAGAUGUGCAGAGUGUCAUCAGUGACUACUUUGCAGAUCAGGACCCCAGAGUCAGGACAGCCGCCAUCAAAGCCAUGUUGCAACUCCAUGACAGAGGAAUGAAGCUGCAACAGACGAUCUAUAGUCAGGCUUGCAAGCUGUUGAAUGAUGACUAUGAGCAGGUCCGCUCAGCUGCAGUGCAGAUGGUUUUUGUACUGAGCCAACUGUAUCCAGAAAGCAUUGUCCCCAUCCCAUCAUCCAAUGAGGAGAUCCGACUGGUGGACGACUCAUUUGGAAAAAUUAGCCACAUGGUGAGCGAUGGAUCCUGGGUGGUCAGAGUCCAGGCUGCCAAACUUCUGGGAUCCAUGCUUCAGGUCAGCCCCCACUUCCUGGAGCAAACACUGGACAAGAAACUGAUGUCAGACCUGCGGCGGAAGCGCACAGCCCAUGAGCGGGCAAAAGAGCUCUAUGCUUCCGGAGAAUUCUCCUCCGGGCGGAGGUGGGCGGACGACGCCCCCAGGGAGAAGGUGGACACGUCCGGGGUGAACCUGAUCGACUCUGGGGCCUGCGGGGCUUUUGUGCAUGGCCUGGAGGAUGAGAUGUACGAGGUGAGGAUCGCUGCUGUGGAGGCCCUCUGCUCCCUGGCCCAGUCCUCCCCCAGCUUUGCGGAGAAGUGUCUGGACUUCCUGGUGGACAUGUUCAACGACGAGAUCGAGGAGGUGCGUCUGCAGUCCAUCCACGCGCUGCGGCAGAUCUCCACCCACAUCACCCUCCGGGAGGACCAGCUGGACACUGUGCUCGCUGUGCUGGAGGACUCAUCUAGGGACAUCCGCGAGGCGCUGCAUGAGCUGCUGUGUUUCACCAACGCCUCCACCAAGGAGUGCAUCCAGCUGGCCCUAUUAGAACUCCUCAAGAACCUCACCAAGUACCCCACCGACAAGAACUCUGUCUGGAAGUGUCUGAAAUUCCUUGGGAUGCGACAUCCAAACCUGGUGUUACCCCUCGUGCCGGAGCUGCUGAGCACGCAUCCAUACUUCGAUACCCCAGAGCCAGAUAUGGACGACCCAGCCUAUAUUGCUGUUCUUGUGCUAGUGUUCAAUGCAGCCAAGUUCUGCCCGACGAUGUCCGCGUUGUUCUCAGACCACACGUUCCGUCACUACGCCUACCUGAGAGACAGCUUAUCUCAUCUGGUGCCACAACUGCGGCUGCCGGGUAAGAAGCUGACGUUGGGGGUGGGUUCAGAGGCCAGUGGGCUGUGCUCGGGCAGCGUGGAGUCGGCUCACCUCUUCCUGCAGGACAGCCUGUCCCGGGUCAGCAUGCUGCAGAGCCUGGAGGCACCAGGAGCACAGGACCUGCUCGACUUCACCAUCAGAGAUCUUCAGAGGCUGGGGGAGCUACAGACGGAGCUGGCCGGUUCAGCAGACUUCUGUGCCACGUACCUGCGCUGUCAACUGCUGCUCACAAAGGCUCUGCAGGAGAAGCUUUGGAACAUGGCUGUUCCUCUGUGCCUGAAGCAGAAUGCAAUGGCAUCAGCCGCUGUCAAACAGAUCCUGGAGGAGACCUACAAGCUGGAGUUCCUGUACAGUGGGCUGGAGAUGAGGCAGGUGGCCACCAUUCACCACGUGCGCCUGCAGGCCAAAGCCUUACAGCUGGUCCUCACCGCACGCACCAAACGAGGGGUUGAUCCCCAGAUUGCGGUCUACGAGAAAUUUAUUCAGGAGGUGGAGUCGUUUCAGAGGCUCUUCAUGUCCGACAUGCCCCACUUCCAGGACAGCUUCGUGGACAAGCUUCUGGAGCUCAUGCCCAGACUCAUGGCCUGUAAACCGCUGGACCUGGUGAAGAUCCUCCACACCACACUCAGGCAGAGCGGCUUCCUGGCCCUCAAGAUACCCGAGCAGAUUCAUCGUGCUUCAGCAACCAUCAUUGAGCCAACAGGAGAGUCCGACAACCCCCUGCGCUUCACAACGGGCCUGGUGGUGGCGCUAGACAUUGAUGCCACACUGGAACAUGUGCAGGAGCCUCAGAGCACAGUCAAAGUGCAGGUGUUGUAUCCUGAUGGACAGGCCCACAUCAUUCAUCCCAAACCGGGAGACUUCCGGCACCCUGGACCUGGCCGCGUCCGUCUCAUCACCCAAGUCUACCUCUCCCACAAUGCAUGGACAGAGCCAUGUCAAAUUGAGGUGAGGCUUCUGCUGGCCUACAGCUCCGCCACCAGUAAGAUUUCGAGCCCCAAGCCCGUGUGGAGCGAGGGCACAGAGGGCCUCCUUCCCCAGGCCGAGAGCUCUAUCGAAGGCACAAUCCCGCUCAGCAAGCCAGUGAAGGUGUUCAUCAUGCCCAAACUGGCUCGCCGCUGAGGCUUGGACAUACGGCAACAGAGAGACCCUAAACAAGGGAUAGCUCAGCUGGAUGUAUGAGAGACAAGAGACUUUAUGGACAUAAUGCCGCUGUGCUCGUUUUUGCACUGACUGACUACCCUUUGAACUUGCAUAUGAUGUAUGUUUUCUUUGUUUUAAACAAGUCUUUUUUGUAUUUCAGCUGAAAUAGCUCUUUUAGUCAAUGGUCACAAUGUCAAACUGAGCAAAAAAAAUUAGUCUUUAUUUGUGGACUGGUCAAAUAAACUGUGUAAAACAGCUUCUUGUACAUA